CGGUGCCCCCAGGCGGAGGCGGACAGGCAAUCGGGCCCCCAGGCAGGGCGACAGGCCUCGGGCCCCCAGGCGGAGCGGCGGGCGCCGGACCCCCAGAUGGAGCGACAGGUCUCGGGCCAUCAGGCGGGGAGCAACAGGUCUCGGGCCCCAGACGAAGCGGCUGGGCACCGAGUCGUCUGGCAAGACUGCGGGCACCGAGUCAACUGGCGGAACAGCGGGGCAUCGAGUCUGGCGGAACUGCGGGCACCGAGUCGUCCUGGCAAGACUGCGGGCACCGAGUCGUUCUGGCAAGACUGCGGGCAC